AUGUGGGUGGAGGUGACCAUGUUAAAAAGAGAGAUGAAGCCAGAAAGUGACAGGCCACGGAAAGUCCGGUUUCGGAUCGCAUCAUCUCACAGUGGGAGAGUUCUGAAGGAGGUUUAUGAAGAUGGCCAGCCAUCUGGCUCUCUGGAUUCUGAGUGUGCCAGUAUAUGUGGGAUUGAUGGACUAAGUGAUUCUGAUGGACAGCCUAAUGGCCACACAGGAUCAGAAGGUGAUAAGCAGGAGGAUGAUCAGGAUAACUUGCUGGUGUUAGCAAGGGCUGCCAGCGAGAAGGCUUUCGGUACAAGAAGAGUCAACAUUUUAAGCAAAAAUGGCACCGUCAGAGGCGUCAAAUACAAAGUGAGUGCUGGCCAAGCCCUGUUUAACAAUUUGUCCAAAGUCUUACAGGUAAGUUGUCACACUUUCCUGCCCCUGAGCUUUGCUCUAACUGGCCGUCUGAACACCUCUCAGUUCUCCAGUUUAAAGUGA